CACAAACCCAAACAAACAAAACCAACAACACGGCAAUCCACUGCCAAAGAAGGAAGGAAGACAACAAGAAGCAAGAUGGCUGACGACACGCUGGAGCAAGUGCAGCUUGUCCUGCGACAGUGCUUUGUGUAUCGGCUGCCGCCUCGACCUUCAACCAAGGGCUACAGGGCAGCAGACUGGGGGCUCGACAAGCCCAUGUGGACUGGCCGCGUCAAGGUUACCACAAAGGGAAAGCUGUGCACAAUCACCCUCCAAGACAAUGCCACGGGCAAGCUCUUUGCAGAGGCGCCCAUUCGCGGCGACGAGGUGGCCAAGGUUGUGGAGCCUGUCGUCGAUAGCAGCAGAUACUUUGUGGUGCGCGUUGAGAACCAGGGCCGCCACGCGUUCCUCGGUAUGGGCUUUCAGGAGCGCUCGGAGGCAUUCGACUUCAACGUUGCCCUGCAGGACUUUGUCAAGUCGCUGCGAAAGGAGAAGGAGAGCACUGAGCCGUAUGUCUCCAAAAACGACUUUUCGCUCAAGGAUGGCCAGACCAUGAAGAUUGCAAUCAAGACGAAGAAGAACAAGGAUGCCGAGGAGGACGACGAUGACACACACGCAACAGCAACAGCGGCGAAGAAAGCGGCGCCCAUGGUGUCGCUCGGUUCGAUUGCAACGGCGUUGGAAGGAACAACGGCGCACGCAGCGCCAUCGCCCUUUGCCGCUGCACCGCCCACCACAUCAUCGUCAUCCCCAGCUCCAUCAUCAUCAUCGUCAUCAACAACAUCGCAGUCCAAGAAUCCCUUCGCUGCCACCACUACCGCUGCCACGACAGAGAGCGAGGACCCAUGGGGCGCAUUCCAGUCGUCGUCGUCGUCGUCCACAGGGAAAUCCUCCGAUGACUGGGUCGCCUUUUAACACACACACACACAUGUGCGCUGCUGUGCCGUUACACUCUCGCAAGCCACAGCUCUUGAUCCUUGGUUUCGUGUAUGGUUGAAAUGAACAAAACAACAGCACAUCGCCCACCUCAACAUCCACAAACA